CCAGGUCGGCAGUUGAGUAGCAGGAACCCGGAAGGGCUUGAAGCCUUCACAGCAAUGGCGGAGAAGCGGCCGCUGGGGACCCUGGGGCCUGUGAUGUAUGGCAAGCUGCCCCGCCUGGAGGCAGACUCGGGGUCGGGGCACAGCCUGCUCCCCGCUGCUGGAAGCCAGGACCGCUGCAGCUAUAAGGAAGCCUACUUCUCCUGUCCCGUGGCGGGUACUCCCAAGGCAGGGUCUGAGCGGAUGGCAUCCUGGACCCCAUACCCACCCUUGUACCCCCCUGGCAUGGCAGGACCUCCACUUCGGACAGACAGCCUGCUGACCAACUGCCUGCUCUACCGCUCUCCAGCAGAAGGCCCUGAGAAGAUGCAGGACUCCAGCCCUGUUGAGCUCCUGCCCUUCAGUCCCCAGGCUCGUUCCUACCCAGGUCCACCACUGGCAGCGCCCAAACCUGUCUACCGAAACCCUCUGUGUUAUGGGCUCUCGACUUGCCUGGGGGAAGGGGCAGCAAAGAGGCCACUGGACGUUGAUUGGACGCUGGUGACUGGGCCUCUGUUGCCCUCAGCUGACCCACCGUGUUCUCUGGCCCCAGCUCCUGGCAAGGGCCAGUCCCUGGAUGGCACCUUCUUGCAUGGGAUGCCAGCUGAAGGGUCCAGCAAAGACUCCUCGGUGAGCUUCUCCCCAUGCCAAGCAUUCUUGGAGAAGUAUCGGACCAUCCACAGCACAGGUUUCCUGGCUUCCAAGUACACAGGUCCUUACUCUGGGGACCCCAAACAAGCAAUGUCCAAGGGGCCCUCCAGUCCUUGGACCCAGCCAGCCCAGCCACUGGGGCCACCCUGCCAGGAAGUCAUGCCCACCCACUACCCACUGCCCCCACCUCCACAGGCCCUGCCUUGUCCUCCAGCCUGUCGCCACCCAGAGAAGCAGGGCAGCUACAGCUCAGUGCUCCCACUGCAGCCCCUGGGAGCCCACAAGGGUGCUGGGUACCAGGCUGGUGGGCUUGGUGGCCCCUACCUGAGGCAGCAGGCAGCCCAGACACCCUACAUGCCCCCAGUGGGGGUGGACACUUAUUCCUAUCCCUCCGCCCCCCUCCCAGCACCGUCACCAGGCCUCAAGCUGGAGCCACCUCUUGCUCCACGGUGUCCACUGGACUUUGCCCCCCAGACCCUGAGUUUUCCUUAUGCCCGGGAUGACCUCUCUCUCUAUGGAGCAUCCCCGGGGCUUGGAGGGACACCACCUUCCCAGAACAGCAUGCAGGCUGUGCCACAGCCUGGUGCCUUCCAGCGGACGUGUCAGCCUUUGCCAGCCAGCGAGUCAUGUUCGGAGUCUGUGAGGGCUGCAGAGAAGCCGGCCCAGGAAGUCGGAGAGAAGACGUGGUUGCCUAGCUGCAGGAAAGAGCAGCUGCAGCCCCGGCUUAAUGAGCACCCUGGGGCUCCCAUUGUCAUCCGGGACAGUCCGGUUCCCCAUACCCCACCGGCACUUCCCACCUGUGCCCAGGAACGCCAGUCUCUUCCACAGAAGGAGGGUGCGAGGCCACCCAACUCUCCACCGAUGCCUGUUAUCGACAACGUCUUCAGCCUGGCUCCCUAUCGUGACUAUCUAGAUGUGCAGGCACCUGAGGCCAUAGCUGAGCCUGACUCGGCUCCAGCCUCCAGGGAGAGCCAUGACAAAGGCCGCAGGGGGACCCUGCCUGCGCAGGAGGGCCCCGCAGGGGCUCACUGCUCUCGUAAGGAGGAGGUGGCCCUGGACUUGAGUGUGAGGAAGCCCACAGCAGAGGCUUCUCCAGUCGAGGUCCCUAGUCCUGGGGUAUCUGCCAAGCCCACUGAAGCCCUGGAUGUGCCAGAUGUGGGGAACACAGUGUCAGAUCUGCCAGGUCUGAAAAAGAUAGUCACAGAAGCCCCAGAGUUGCCUGGGGUGCCAGCGACCACAGAGGCCAUGCCAAGGACCAACUUCCAUAGCUCUGUGGCCUUCAUGUUCCGAAAGUUCAAGAUCCUCCGACCGGCACCCUUGCCUGCAGCCGUGGUCCCAUCCACACCCACUUCAGCUCCUGCCCCUGCCCCUGCACCGCCCACCCCCACUCCCACAUCUGUACCCAUUGGACUGCAGAUUCUCACUCAGCCCUUGCCUGUGGCCUGCUUCAACCUGGCACUGCCCAGCCCUCCAGUAGCUGUGGCCUCCCCUGUCCCCACCCCUGCCCCAGCUCCAUCCCUGGCUCCAGCUCCGGCUCCAGCUCCAGUUGCUGCUCCGGCUCCAGUUCCUGCUCCUGCUCCAGCUCCAGCUCCUGCUCCAGCUGCAGGCCCCGCUCCAGCAUCUACACCUGCCCCGGCAGCCUCCCCAGAGCAGCACUUUACGGGGCUGCACGCGUCCCUGUGUGAUGCCAUCUCAGGCUCAGUGGCCCACUCCCCACCGGAGAAGCUGCGCGAGUGGCUUGAGACAGCUGGGCCUUGGGGCCAGGCCGCGUGGCAAGACUGCCAGGGUGUACAGGGGCUGCUAAGCAAGCUGCUGUCCCAGCUGCAGAGCUUCGUGUACACACAGUGGUGCCCCUUCCCCCAUGUGGUGAGGGCCGGCGCCAUCUUCGUGCCCAUCCACCUGGUGAAGGAGCGGCUCUUUCCUCGGCUGCCACCCGCUUCCGUGGACCACGUGCUGCAGGAGCAUCGCGUGGAGCUGCGGCCCACCACGCUGUCAGAGGAGCGGGCCCUGCGGGAGCGGGCCCUGCACGGCUGCACCUCACGCAUGCUGAAGCUGCUGGCGCUGCGCCAGCUGCCCGACAUCUACCCUGACCUGCUGGGCCUGCAGUGGCGCGACUGUGUACGCCGCCAGCUGGGUGAGCAUGGGGCAGCCCCAGUAGCCACCGGAGCUGUGUGAGCGAGUGACAGGUGACUUUGACACUGAGGCUGGAGCUGUGUCCCCCUCCGAACCCACCACAGCCAGAGAUGAGCCAGAGAGCCUAGCCCUGGCUCGGAAGUCACUGACCCCCAAGAUCAGGAAGCCAGGGAAGAAGCCACCAACCCCUGGCCCGGAGAAAGCAGAGGCAACUGCCAGGGGAGGGUCCGGUGGUGCCUCACCUGCCCCUGCUGCCAGUGCCAGCCCACCUGGCCCCAUGCUGAGGGCCCGCUUCCGCGGCCUGCUAGAAACCGCCUGGCUCAAUGGCCUGGCACUGCCCACUUGGGGCCACAAGGCCUCAGGACCAGACCGGCCCUCACCCUGCCCACAGCUGCUGGGUGGCCAGAGCCAUCACCUGUAGCCCUGGUGGCCGGUGUUGUUUGGGCAGCUGUCUGGGGCUCACUCUACCCCUCCCUUCUGCCUGUCUAGUCCUGGGCCAGGAGUGAAUGCCGGGGCUAGGGCAACUACCUUGGAGGGUCCCCAGCUUUUACCCUGGGCCUGCCCAGGCUGGGCCAAGAGCCCCUGAGCUUUCAACUUGAGGGUCUUUAUUAGAUAGGACCACUUCCUAUUUUUUCCUAGAGAAAACACAUGGGCUUUGGAGCCAGACACAUCUGGGCAAGACACCUCCCCCCUGUCGAGCCCUCAUUCCCCAUUUGUAGAAUAGGACAACGCAGCCUACCUCACGGGGUUGUUGUGGGGACGAUGCCUGACACACCCGUUACAGUUUGGUCUCUGCUUCCUCCCUGGGACGGGGCCUGGGAUGGGAAGCUGAGGCAAGCAGAACCUUCCUUGUAGAGUCCUUAUGCAUCAUAGGACUUGCUGUCUCAGAGUGGUACAUUGUCCAGUGUGUAUGACUCACGUACUUCCGGGAGUCACCACCCGCCCUGCUCUGUCCCAGCCUGGAGCUUCCUGAGGGAGCCUGCUGUCCCCACUCCCCAUCCCUGUUGCUGGGCCUGGGGCUGGCAUCCUUAUUCUGGGCCUGCUGCUGCCACCCCUGGAAGGCAUCAGUGACUUCCCUGAGCUGCCUCUGCUGCCCCACGCACUAUUUCUGGAAACUUGUGUUUCUGGAAGCCUCGCAGCUGCAGGGACUCAGGGACUGGAGCAGGCAGGCUGAGUGGCAGCUCCGUCCUAGGAGGUCUCCGAAGACCAGGACUGCGGACCGUGGCACUCCCCAAGCCAGAGCCUGGCAGGCCUGCUGUGGACCUCUUCCUGCGGAGUGCUGACUGAGCCAGAGGCUGGCACGGGGGGCACUGGCCUUGUUUACGGGUUUGUGAGGAGCCUGUGGGCCCUGGAGGAAGGCCAUUAAAGCA